ACGGUUUUUUGACCGCUGUUUCAAGCGCCACACGGAACAGAAGGUGGAAGAUGGGCACGGUUGGAGCAGUGGCAGUCAAUAAUGAGGGCAACGUAACCUGUGCGACCUCCACUGGUGGGGUCCUGAACAAGAUAGAGGGACGGGUGGGUGACACACCCUGCAUCGGGUGUGGAGGUUAUGCUGACAACCAGAUGGGAGCAGUGUCAGCUACAGGCCACGGAGAAGCUAACAUGAGUGUUACUCUAGCCAGACUUGUCUUGUUCCACAUGGAGCAAGGUCAGUCAGUAGAGGCUGCCAGUGAUUUAGCUCUGGCCUACAUGAAGUCCAGAGUAGGUGGGCUGGGUGGGGUGGUGACAGUGGAUCCUCAGGGCCAAUGGGCCGCUCGCUUCUCCAGUCUGCAGAUGCCCUGGGUUGCAGCCCAGAAAGAUACCCUGCACUAUGGGCUGUACACUGGGGAACACUUCACCCAGAGCAUCGAUGACCCACUCUGACACACUGAUAUAAGCCAAAUAGGUUUCAUAUUUGUAAGCUUACAUUUUUCACUGAAUCAAGAAUAUUAAUACUACUUGAUACUCAUACAGAUAAUGGUAUAUAUAUACAAUGUAAGGUAGGGAUCUUCAACAGGGGGUCCGGAACCCCUAGGCGGUCCUCAGAAUCAAUGCAGGGAGGCCUCCAAAUUACUGUUAAUUUUUAUUAGUAUAGUUUUUUCAAAAAUUAAAGUCUUAACAUCCAACAAUCCAACAUAUUAUCAGCAAAUAUAAAUCACCACUACUUCCUGGCCUAUAGGUAAGGUAGUCACUAAGAUAGCAAUCCAGAUAGUUCAUCCUAAGGAUUCACUGUGCCAUAUGUAUGUUUCACAUUAAAACAUGAGCUAUAAAAUCUCAGUGCUGAUUUAGUAAAUUUCAUUGCUCUAGCUUAGCUAGCUAAUUAAAUCAAAUUAAAUAAGUAUGUUAUGUGUGUGAUUAUCAAAUGACCUUAUAACAAAAAGGCAUUCUAUAGUUAAAUGUAUUUAAUAACAGAGAAUCCAUGGGAUUUUUCUGUAGUAGGCCAUCACUCCAACAUUUGUACCAGAGCCAGUAUUUGUGAAGUGCUGCUGAUCAGAUGAUUGUCAAUGCUGUGUGUUAGGAAAACACUGAUUCUUGACAAUAAAUGCCUUUAAUCCCA